ACAAAUAUGACCCUUCAAAUUGCUGAUUUAUAUUGUGGUACUGGAUGGGUGAAUCAAAUGGUUUGCUAAAUGAAUCAGAGGACUUAGAAAAUCUUGUAAGUACUGAGGAUGAACUUGAGGCUGAGCGGAAGAACAUUACUCUUUGGAGAAGUCCUCUGAAAACAUUUUACUAUUUUGGCUGGCAGACGUUUGAUGAACUUUGUAAAGGUUUUAAGUUUGCAAAGCUGCACAAGUUAAAUAUAGCGGUGACGGCUGGGGUGACUUUAGCAAUCUUACUGUUCCUCAACAUCCCUGGAGCUCAACAAAAGUACGUGGUGUGGUUAAACAAGGAGAUCUGGUGGAGCGUCUGGUGGGUUGGGCUGGGGAUACUCUCUACUGUAGGACUGGGAACUGGACUACAUACCUUCAUUCUCUACCUGGGUCCACACAUAGCCCAAGUAACCAUGGCAGCAUGGGAGUGUAAGAGUGUAGAGUUCCCAGAACCUCCUUAUCCAGAUGUUGUGAUAUGUCCACCAGAAGGAACCUCUCUCAUGCACGUGGAUAUGUGGGUUAUCAUGUCCAAAGUUAGAUGGGAAUCACUCAUGUGGGGUAUUGGUACAGCAAUAGGAGAGUUACCACCCUACUUCAUGGCUAGAGCUGCCAGGCUAUCAGGUAACGAGAUGGACGACAGCUCAUAUACCGACCUUCAGAGAGUAAAAGACCCUUCUACUCUCAAAUGGGGAGAUAGAUUUAAACGGUGGAUACAAAACUUUGUACAAAGUGCCGGCUUCAUUGGUAUUCUAAUCUGCGCUAGCGUACCUAACCCACUGUUCGACUUGGCUGGCAUAACCUGUGGUUACAUGCUUAUUCCAUUCCUAACAUUCUUCCCUGCUGUGCUUCUCGGCAAAUCAGUCUUCAAAGUACACCUCCAGAUGGUGUGCGUUGUGAUCCUCUUCACAGCAGAUAACCUCAAACUGUUCGGAGAGAAGAUAUCUCACCUCCCCCUCAUAGGACCAGCUCUCCAUGGUCCCUUUACGAGUAUAAUUUUCACAGCGACUGCCAGAUCGAGCUAUAACGUGCCAUCGUCGUCCUUCAGACGGAUUGAGUUCGAGAUCCUGUAUUUUAAUCGUAUUCACAAACGCGUUGUUAACAUAGGCGCAGACCACCUCCAUUUCCAGAUUUACGGUGCAGGUUCUUUGAUAAAGGGCUCGUAA